GCGUUGGUACUUCUGGUCGAAGUAAAUAAACGAACCGAAGCUUUGUGUGAAUGUCACAAAAAUGCUUGGAAAUCGUGAGAGGAACUAUGACGACUUACAUUUCCCCUUUUGUGAUGAAGUCAGCAAGUAUGAAAAGCUCGACAAGAUUGGCCAAGGGACGUUCGGGGAGGUUUUUAAAGCCCGUCAUAAGAAAACAAAGAAAGUUGUGGCUCUGAAGAAAGUUUUGAUGGAUAAUGAGAAAGAAGGGUUUCCAAUCACAGCACUUAGAGAAAUCAAGAUUCUUCAACAACUAAAGCAUGACAAUGUUGUUAAGUUGAAUGAAAUAUGUCGCACUAAACCAUCAGCAUAUAAUCGAUAUCGCUCUACUUUCUAUUUGGUGUUUGACUUCUGUGAACAUGACCUGGCUGGGUUAUUGUCCAACUAUAAUGUAAAAUUUAGCCUUGGGGAGAUAAAGAGGGUAAUGCAACAGCUUUUAGAAGGUUUAUUUUACAUCCACAGUUGUAAGAUUCUACAUCGUGACAUGAAAGCAGCAAAUGUACUCAUCACCAAAUCAGGGACUCUGAAGCUUGCUGACUUUGGUCUUGCUAGAGCUUUUUCCCAGCGAAAUGGUCAGCCUAACAGGUAUACCAACCGAGUUGUGACGCUAUGGUAUCGGCCACCUGAGUUGUUACUUGGCGAGAGAAACUACGGGCCUCCUAUUGAUCUCUGGGGUGCAGGUUGCAUUAUGGCUGAAAUGUGGACUCGCACUCCAAUAAUGCAGGGAAGUACAGAACAGCAUCAGCUCAAUUUAAUAUCUCAGUUAUGUGGGUCAAUAGCUCCUGAGGUUUGGCCAGGUGUUGAAAACCUCCCGCUUUACUCUACAAUGGAACUUGCCAAGAACCACAAACGGAAGGUCAAGGACAGAUUAAAGCCUUAUGUUCGAGACCCACAUGCAUGUGACCUUAUUGACAAAAUGCUGACUCUUGAUCCCUCAAAACGAAUUGAUGCUGACACAGCUUUAAAUCAUGACUUCUUCUGGAUGGAUCCUGUGCCUAGUGACCUGGGAAAGAUGCUUUCCCAUCACACCCACAGCAUGUUUGAAUUCUUGGCACCUCCCCGUCGAGGGAGACAACAGCAGCAACAGCAACAACAGCAGCAGCAGCAACCGCAGCAAGCACCAGCAGGCCAUGCUUCCCAGCAGCCCCAGACGUCACAGUCAUCAGCCCAAGGCGGUUCUAGAAGAGCAGGUCAUAGGCCAUCCGGCUCCUCCAGUGUUGCCAGUAUGUCUUCGUGUCCAGAGAGAAUAUUUUAGUUUCGUGUGUUUAAAGACACGGCAUUAUCCACAAAAAGACAGCAUUGGAGAGAAUUAAUAUCUUUUAAUAUUGCACGAAGAGCAAAAGGUAUUUUCAUUAAAAAAAGAAAUAUGAGUGUUUUUAAUUAUAGAUCUGUAUUUUUUUAUUAGGUUGAUACAAAUCAGGUAAUCAGAAUACAGUUACCUGAUACUCAUAAUUUUCAAAAUGGAAUCUUCUAUUAUAACAAAAUGUAUAUGUUGAACCUAACUAAUGGAAAAUUAUGGAAUAUUUGCAUUAUUAGAAUAUGCCAAGAAUUAGGUUUAAACAUCAUUAGUGUCUUAAUGAUUUUGUAUGUUUUUUACAGUAUGUUUUUAUUUCUGGACUACUACUUUCCUUUACAGAUGUACAUUUACUUAUAUGUCUGUUAUAGAGGCAGCAAUUAUUGAAUAUAUGUAUAGAAUAUUUAUAUUCAAAUAGCCUGUAAAUUGAUUCUACCUAUUCCUCUGUCUUUUGGAAAUUGGUAUACCACAAAAUUUUAAAUCCAUUGGUGCAAUAUUUGCUAAUUUGGAUUUUUGUUUCACACUUUCAUUAAAUGUAAAAUAUGAUUUGCAUUAUAGUACUGUACAGUAGAUAUGACUAUUUAUUAUAGUAUGUUAUUGAUUCUAAAAUCCUGUAUAGUAUUACCGUACCUGGUCUUUUUAGGUUUGUCCUUCACUUUUUUGUGGCUAGCAAUGUUACCGCAUUGUUCUACUUACCAGAGUCAGUAUUAUGAUGUAUUUCUCACAUUAAGAAAUUAAUGGAUUACUUUUACUACUUAAAUUAGGAUUCAGUGCUAUAUAAUAAUACAUAAAAAGCAAAAGUAAGAGCCACAAAUUUUCCCUAGAAUUCCCUGCUAUGAUUUUACACAUAUCUCUGGAAGAUGCCAGAUGGUGAUGACAAUAUAUCACUAUUGUUUAGGUUCAUUUGUGUGGUUUUGACCCAAUAACGUGUUACCUGUGUAUUAAUGUGGAUCUUAGGAAAGAAGGCGAGGAUUCACUCUAGUCAGUAAGCAGUUGAUACAUAGCUAUGCCUAUAAGAGUACAAAAAUACUUUUAUGUUUUUAUAAGACGGUUUUUGAGUAAUUUAGAACAAGGGCAAUACUCGGAGAACAUUUAUUUUUUGUCUUAGGAAGGAUUCUAAUGUGCAUAUGUUUUAUAUGAAAGAUUUUACUUUGGUAUUAUUACAUAUGCACAUUUAAUUUUAUUUUCUAAAUAUAGAUAUAUAUAUCUGUAAAUAAUUAGUAUGUCAUGUUGAAUGCGAAGACAUUUGCACCUAAAAACUACUGCAUUUCACAUUUUCUCAAUUUACUUACUUUCUUUUUCUUUCUAUCUGUGUGUCUAUAUUUUUCAUUAUAUUUUAUAAUUUUUAAAAGAAAUACAUUUUAUUUAGCCCAUUGGCCACAGGUAAUGAACUGUCCAUUAUUUUUUUUUUAUGAAAUUUGUUGCACAUGGAUGGCUCUACAAGUGCUCAGCUACCAAUGACCCAAUUAGUAGGGUGUACAUAACCUCUCCUGAUUUUCCCAUUCCUUGUAUUUUCAGGAAAAGUGUUUUUUCCUGAUGCCAUUAAUAUUGAUACUGUUAUUAUUGUUAUUGAUAUAAUGUUAUUAAAAUACUAAAAGCAAUAAAAAAAAUCCCUGAAAAUCAUGGAAAAGGGGUAAACAGGUGAGAUAGGUAGUGCUAGUUGUUGUCUCUUUGGUGACUGUGCAUUUGUGAGCCAUCUAUAUGUAAACAUAAUUAAUAGACUAAAAUCACAGUGGACAUGGCAUGUGUCAUGUCAUCCCAGUACAAUGGGUUAAUUUUCUGAGAUAUCUGUGAGCCACCCUUUAAACCAAAGAGAAAAUAGAUAUGUUCUUAAAAUACUAAUAGUUAUACAUAACUUUAUUUCACUGUAAUUCCUACAUGUUUAGUGAGAUAGUUCUGAUUCAUAGUUCAAGAUAGAAAAUUGAUAGAAAGCAGACCUGGCAGACAUUUGCCAGUAUUAAAAGACUUAAAUGAUUAGUGGAUGGAAGUGUCAGCAAAGACUUUUUCUAUAUUUAGUAUAGGGGAUAGAUUUAGAAAUACCUGACAACUCUUUAAACAAGCAAGAGGUUUAGAUAUCAUUUAUAGUUGGGAAAUAAAAUCAGUAGAUCUGAAAUGAAGCACUGAUAUGAAAACAGUUGUUUAAUAUGAACACAGUAUAGUAUUUUGAGGCAUAUUUUCAUAUGUUAGAUAUAGUGUAUUCUGUUGUUUGGAUGUACUGGGCAUCUCAAAUUUUAUAUGCUUUACACUUUGGUAUAAAGUAGAAUGUACAAAAAAGAUUAGUGACUGCAAAUGCACAAAAUUAAGCUGUAAAGAUCUUUUGAAAUAAUUAUAGGGAAAAAUUAUUUUUAUUAAGACUGCCCUCUAUGAAAAAUGGAUGACUGAAGCCUCUCCUCUCUUACAAAAAGAGUUAAAAUAAGAUCCUGUCAGACCAAGUAAUAGGAAGAUAAAUCGUAAGUACAGUUAAUUUUUUAUAUAGAAAAAUAGAUCAUCCUGACAAGUCCAUUCAAGAAUCUUGUUUAAGGCAUUAUUUUCCCAGUGAUAUCUGAUUCAUAAAGUUUUCAGAAGUAGAUAGGUACAUUCUCUUUGGUUCAUUGGGGCCAUUGUUGUGUGUUAAGCCAGAAUACACACACGAAAAGACAGAAUAUUCAACUGUUUCAUAAUAUUUUUUUAUGAAAAGGUUUGCCUGAGAACUGAUGUAAAGAGGGAUUUAUUGUUUUUUUUUCACAUGUCAUUGAUGAUUUUCAAAGAAAAAUAUUUUUCAGAUGAUUAAAUUCUUACAGGUGUGGAAAUUAGUUGAUGUGUUUAACUGUAAUUCAUGUUUAUUUAUUAUGUUGUGAUUAUAGCUUUGCAAUGUAAAGAAGUUUGUCAUAUGAGCAAAUACCCCUCUCAGGGAGUAGAAACAAGUUACAAAAGCUUUGAAGAUGAAAUCUAUUACAGUACUUUGAAGGUGUCCCACAGAAAUAGUUUUCUGUAAAUAGAGUUCACUCUAAUAUUCAGAUAUUAUUUUUUCCAUGACAGCUACUCUGCCACAUUUGUAAAGCAAGUCCUUCUCUUCCUUGGCAGGUAUAUUCUUCAAGAGUUAUGUUCAUAAAAAAUCUGUAAAUAUAUACAGUUUCAUUUUUAUUUUCAGUCUGAUAGGUGGUUUGUAAUCUUUUGAAAUGUUUGUUUGUUCAAGUCUUUCUUAACAUCUGGUUUAGUAACAUUGGAAUUCUUUAUUUUCAUUCCAUUGAAUAUGAUGGGUCUCAUUACCAAAAUUAUUUUGGAAACAGUUAAAAUGUAACAGGCACAGAUCCAGACACGCUUAGCCCCAGAAACACACACAUACACAUACACAUACACAUACACAUACACAUACACAUACACAUACACAUACACAUACACAUACACAUACACAUACACAUAUAUAUGUACAUGUACAUGUACAUUAUUUGUACAUGC